CUGGCUAGGAGGAUUACGUACCAUACGAGCACGUUAAUAACAUCAGCGUGCUCCACGGCGAUCUUGUCCGAUGCAGGAUUGGACGCGGGCGGACAAAGCGCCGGAGCUUUUCACUUGCUUAAUCAUGGAGCCGUCCGCUUGAAGCAACUCUCCCUUUUAUCCCCCCUCUCUCUUGUGUGCUGCUGCGGAUGAGAGCGUUCAACCCAAAUCCAAGCACUCGCGCUGCGUGAUCAAAUCCACCCCCGAUUCAUCUCGGAUUCCCUCCCACUCCGGUUCAUGGCCGCGCUAAUGCAGGAUCCUCCAACGCAAGCUCAUCCCGUAAUCGGAGUGAUUAGGUAGGCAGCCCUAUAAAUCACGGACACGGGACACCCCACCCACCCCACCAAGAAUCCACACUCUCCCGAAGUCCCGACUCCACUCGCCACUCCCGCCGGCCUCCGCAUACGCCCGGCGCCCGCCGGCAGCCAAGUAGCCAACAAGCUACACCACCACGCGCGCACGCCACACUGACACGCCCACGCACCCACCGCACCAAGCAAGAAAGCAGCCGGGGCGGCGAUGGAGGAAGGGCUGGACGCCGCGGUUCCGCCGCCGUGCCGGCUCGGCGGCGAGGCCGGGGCUGCGCCGGGGCCCGGCCGCCAGUGCUGCGGCGGCUGCGGUGGGUGCGGGCUCGGGCUCGCGUGGCUGGUGCGGCGCCUGCGGCGGCGGGGCAGGCGGGCGCUGCGCUCCGCGGCGGCCUCGGCGGCGUCGUCGCAGCAGCGCCGCCGCGCGUGCCAGUACGACCCGCUCAGCUACGCGCGCAACUUCGACCUCGGCGGCUGCGACGGCGACGCCGACGACGCCGCGCGGGUCUACUACGGCUGCUCCUUCUCGUCCCGCUUCGUGCUCGUCCCCGCCGCGUCGCAGUCCGCCGGCGCCGUCUCUGCCGGCGCUGCUCAAGCAGCGGUCGCGACUGCUAGCUAGUACCAGAUGGAUGUUAAUUAGAGUAGGUGGCCGGUUUGAUCGCUGCAUCAUCCUCUUGUCGUCCCUGUAAUUCAAGGGGAAACAUGAUUAUAUUGUACAUACGCACUGAGCAGCCCGGUGAUUCUUGGUUUCUUGUCACAAAUCACUCAUCUGUUUAUGUGUGCAAAAUUUUCCAAACUCUGAACUGCUGGCUGCUGUCUAGCUGUGCACCUCUUGCGCCGCACCAGGGGUUCUUGGCGCUCGUGUCGCCAGCCAUGGCGCUGCCUUCCUCGACGCCGUCAGCCUCCGUUUCUCCGAUGCUGAUGAUGGCAUCGAGAGAAGGGGGGAGGAAGGAAUGCUCGGCUCUCCACAUCGUCGUCUUCCUCUCCUCAUCGGGUGCCAGCAGAUCAGUACCGCGAUCGCAAGCACAUCGGCGGACGUGACGCGACGCAGGGACGCCGGCCGGUGGCGAGAUUUGGGCGUCCGUUCAUCUGAGUGCGUACCCGCCCGCCGCUGCCAGACUGCCGUCCUCCGCCGAAGCCCGCCUUUCACGCCGAGCAUGUUCUCAAUCUGGACACAGGGGACGCAGCGAAAGCGAAGGCCUCCCAGGCUCCUGCGGUCCUGCCUUUGACGCCGGCCGCCGGAGACGCGAGGCGAGCGGCGACCGUAGCAGCGAAACCGUGGCGUCGCUUGCGCUGUAGCAGCUCAAUCUAGACCGCAGAUCAAAGGUCCAACGGCCCGUGUCGCAGCCUAUGGCAGCGUAGACCGCGGUCAACUAAACUAGCACAUUAGCCCCUCAUUUUGAUCUACAUAUAUUUAUAUAAAAGCCCCUAUUUUGAAUAGCGAAUUCGCGA